AUGAGCAUGAAAGCAUUAGUCUACACAAGGCCCGGGACCGUGGAGCUUUUGGACCGCCCGAUGCCCACCGUGCAGGCCCCUACCGAUGCCGUUGUCCGUUUACUACAUGCCUCCAUCUGCGGCACAGACUUACACAUCAUCAAAGGUGAUGUUCCCAGUAUCCAGCCAGGCCUAGUCCUCGGACACGAAGGUGUCGGUGUCAUUGAGGCUCUUGGCUCUGCAGUCAAUGCCUUCGCCAUCGGAGAUCGCGUCAUAAUAUCUUGCAUGACCUCCUGCGGAGCGUGUUCCCUUUGCCGACGCGGUCUCCCCGCGCACUGCACGAACGGCGGAUGGACGCUGGGAAACACCAUCGACGGCACCCAGGCCGAGUACGUCCGCGUGCCGCAUGCAACCCUUUCACUACACCGGCUGCCACCGUCCAUUGACCCCCGCGCCGCGGUCGCCGUAUCAGAUGCCUUCCCCACCGGCCUCGAAUGCGGUGUGUUGAGUGCGGAUGUCCAGCCCGGGGGCUCGGUCGUCAUCGUCGGCGCAGGGCCCGUGGGAACAGCGGCCCUCCUCACAGCUCAACUGUAUUCCCCCGCGUUGAUUGUGGUGGUGGAUCUGGACGAGAAGCGGCUCGCCACGGCCCGCAGGCUGGGCGCUCACGCGACGGUGAAUUCGGGAUCGGCGGACGCGGAACAACAGCUCAUGGAUCUCACUGGGGGUCAGGGAUUCGAUUCUGUCAUUGAGGCGGUCGGGAUCCCGACUACGUUCGCCUUGUGUCAAAAGCUGGUUAGCAUCGGGGGCCGCAUUGCCAAUGUGGGUGUGCACGGAACCAAAGUGGAUCUUCACCUGGAGACAUUGUGGGAGCGCAACAUCAGUGAGUCCACCCCCGUUGUUUCGGGUUGUACUGACACCUCAGGCAUCCAUAUGUCACUGGUCAACGCUACGACGACACCUCGUCUCUUGCGACUAGUGGAAUCGGGACAGUUGGACAUUGGCUCCUUAGUGACCCAUCGUAUGUCCUUACGUACUCUACCAGUUUCGCUUCCAAGGUUGGAUGGAGCUGACCCUCUAGACUUCCCCUGCACCCAGGCAGCCCAGGCCUACGAUACAUUCCAAGCAGCCUCUCAGCAUCAGGCGCUCAAAGUGGCGAUUGAUUUUGGACUCGAGUCCAGUAGCUCGGAGUCGACGAGCAUCUAG